AUGGCACCUGCACCAGUGGUCUCCACUUACGAACCAGACCUUGACACUCCCUCACCUGACCUCGACCCUAACACUCAAGUCCCUCUCAACACGAUUCCCAUCUCACCAGCCGGUGUGCAUUCAAGCGACUCUGCAAACGGCACGAAUGGUGUCACGAAAUCCCCAGGAGAGCCGAUUACCGUUCUACACGACAAAGACAACUUCAACGUCAAGCACCCUCUGAUGAAUGAAUGGACACUAUGGUUCACGAAGCCUCCGAGUGGAAAGGGUGAUAAUUGGAAUGAUCUGUUGAAGGAGGUGGUGACAUUCGACAGCGUAGAGGAGUUCUGGGGAAUCUACAACAACAUCACACCUACAUCGGAGCUUGCGUUGAAGAGUGACUACCAUCUCUUCAAACGUGGUGUCCGACCAGAAUGGGAAGAUCCACAGAACAAACACGGAGGGAAGUGGGCAUACCAGUUCAAAGACAAGCGCUCCGCCCCGAUCGACGAGCUCUGGCUCCACGUCAUGCUCUCUGCAAUCGGCGAAACGCUCGAGAAAGAUGAGACAGACGGCGAAGUAAUGGGUGUGGUGGUGAAUGUUCGCAAAGGCUUCUACCGUAUCGGUCUGUGGACGAAAACUGUGGGCAAGGCGGUUCAGAGUGGUGGAGACGGCGACGUCGCAGGCGGUAAAGGACGCAGCCCCGAGAAGAGCAAGGAUAUCCUGAUGGGGGUUGGACGACGAUUCAAAGAGGUCAUGAAUUUGAAAGACGCGGAAACGGUCGAGUUCUCUGGACAUACGGACAGUGCGCAUGCGGGGAGUACGAGGGCGAAGGCAAAGUUCGUCUGUUAA